AAUAUUUGUCAUUUUAAUCAUAACACACCUGAGGUUUUAACUACAUGAUGAGGGGGUGUGGAUGAAGAAAUAGUUAUGUCAAAUCAGUCAUCAAUAGUCCAAGGAGUUGAUGGUGAAUUGCCUUAAAUUUUAAAGAGAUAUUUUAGCAAUAUACAAUGCCAUUUGGCUUAAAAUUUAAAAGAACCAGGCGGUAUGACAUCUCUACAAAGAAUGUGUUUGUUGUUGGGGUGGAGAUGUUGGAUCAUUCCUACUUAGAGUGUACGCUGAACUCAGACAGCACCGGUCAAGAAUGUCUAGAGAGCAUUGCUCAGCGCAUAGAACUCAGUCAGACUCAGUAUUUUGGUUUACGAUAUGUGACCAAAAAAAUGCAGUAUCAUUGGAUUGACUUGGCAAAGCCAUUGAAGAAGCAGAUUGAGAAGAACCUUCAACCAGGCCACUCCCCCAGGCUGUACUUUGGGGUCAUGUUUUAUAUCACAGGGGCACACAAAAUCAUAGAUGACGUGGCAAGGUAUCAGUAUUUUUUACAGUUGAAGACAGAUAUAGUCGAGGGUAGAAUUCCAGUCAGUAUUGAGCAGGUCAUUCGUCUGGGGGCCUUCAGUUUACAAGCUGAGUUUGGGGAUUAUGAAUAUGACAAACAACAGCAGGAAUAUUUUGAAGAUAAUGAUUUAUUUCCUAAGACAAUGUGUCGGGAUGAUAAUGCUGUGUCAGAGAUGAUGCAUGAGGUACUUAACUCCUACCAGAACCUACAAGGCAUCCACCCAGUAAAGGCCGAGAUGCAGUACAUCAAAGAAAUACAAAUGAUGGAUGGUUAUGGCAUGGAGUAUUACACAGCCAAGGAUGAAAGAGGUAAAGAGCUUUACCUGGGGACUUCCUACACAGGUAUAUUGGCUAGAUACCUGGAUGGCUCACCUACAAUAUGUUUCAGAUGGGCAGAGAUUGCCAGACUGACUCAAAGUAAGAAAGUCUUGGAGGUUGAUACGUCAAAGAGUUCCUCUCAUUACACAAUGGAGGACUCAGAUACAGCUAAAUACCUGAAGAGGAUGGGAUACCUUAUACAGAAGUUCCACAAAACCAACAAAAUGACCCCAAGUUCCAGUAUCGUUGACCUUUCUGACCUCUCGGCAGAUGCGGGACAGGAUGAUAUUCAAACAUCACAGCAAGUCUUCUCAGAUCCACUGACCCAGUCCCAAACAUCACUGACUUACUCUCAACAUUCCACACAUUCCCAAUUGUCACAUGACCAGAGGUUUGAUCCAGAUUUAUCGCAGUCUUCCUUUGAGGAUUUUUAUCGUCAGUCACAGCAGAGCUUGGAGACCACUCACAGUGACAUCAUUCACUAUUCUGGUGAUGGAAGCUUCACGCAUAUCAAUGGAGGUCAGCUGAUCACAGACAGCCCUGUGAUUGGUCAGCACACUCCUGUACAGAGAAGUGAUUCCCACAAGUCUCCCUUAUUACCGGCGUAUAGACCGAGUCCCAGCUACGAGGAAGUGAUGCGACGUCGAAUGAGCCAGCAGCCCCCAGCUGCUGUUCAUAGCUCCCCCAUUCUCCAAUCACACCAUCAUCCAAACCCUAUCCCAGACCACAAAUUGUACCCCCCAACCUCCCCAAGAAUUUUACAUGACGCAGUAUUAAUGCAGCAGCCUCCUCCUGGUAUAAUGUAUAACCCGGAUGUUACUUUUACCACUGGAAAUGCAUAUAUGAACAGUGAACUUAUGUCUUCUUACAACAACAACACAAUGUAUGCAAAUAGGGCAGUCUUCACGACAGAUCUUGGUAACAGGGGAAGUAACUUAGUAAUGCAGCCAACGUACAGUUCCCCAGAGUUAAAUUCUCAGUUACCCCAGUUCAGUAUUAAAGAGACUGAGCCCCUCCAUUACAAGCCCCCACCCCCUUAUCCCAGGUCCAGCACAAGUACCCCAGACUUAGCAAACCAGACUGUCAGAACUAAAGUAGGGGAGAGUCCAGAUUUAGUGUCACGAAAAAACUUGGGUGUGAAAACAAGUUUUAAUGGAAGUGUGGAGAAUGUUCCAAAGGUUGUGCUAGAUCACACUGAAUUAAACCCUUAUCCUGCAAGUACUUCUGAAAAUGUGAUACUUAACCCAGAAAGUGCAAUAUUACAAAGAGACACAACAGAUUCAGCAAAGCCACCAUUGGUCUUGCCAAAUAUUUCAACCCUGGGAGUGAGUCCUCAUAUCACAGUUCAGCACCCAGAGACAGAUGACGCCUCGAGUGACCACUCAGGUGCUACGUUUCAUGUCAAGGACACAGACAGUGAGAAAGAAGAUGAUAAAAGUCCAAAGUUAGACAGUGUAAAAUCAAAAAUAGCCAUCAAAUAUGUGGCCCCCAACAAAGCACCCCCUCCUUCCACCACUAAAGAGCUUAUUACUCGAAGGGAGAGUUUCCGUCGUCAGAUGAUAGCACGGACAACACAGGAAAAUCCCAUCAAGAAGGAUGAUCCUCAAGACCCAGUGGUCAUCCCUGAGCACACAGAUGGUAGUAAUGUGGCGGUCAAGCCAAUCACCAGUCAGUCUACCUUCAUACGGCGGUUCUCCAGUCGGAGACUGUCCCACAAGAAGCCGGAGGUACCACCCCCCAUCACCAGGCGAGCCUCAGAUAUAGCAACAAAGUUUACUGGACUGGAUGUGGUUCCCCCAGUGGGGAACUUUGUCAGACAGGUCAGCACAGAGUCAGAGGAACAGGUGCCCCCAGAGGAUGAUAGUGAUUCAGACUAUGAAAAGGAUGCUACUGUAAAAUUGAAGAUGGGACCUCUAAAGAUGGCUGCCAUGAAUGGCCUAACAAUGUCUCGACCAAUGGUAUUAGCUCUUAUGAAUGAUGAAAGCAGAGCUCCAAAGGAUGAGAGGAGAAAGCUUCUGGAAAACAAAUUGUCAGAGAACUUGGUAUUUAAAGAGUUUGAGGAAAUCCCCAAAAAGGUCCAAUCAGCUGAGUGUAGUGUAGCCAGACUUCCAGAGAAUGAGGGCCGAAACAGGUUCAGGGAUGUCCUGCCGUAUGAUGUCACUCGGGUCAAACUGACCCCCAGGAAGGACAACCACUCUGGUUACGUUAAUGCUUCACAUAUUAAGCUGUCCUUUGGUGACCGGGUCUGGUGGUACAUUGCCACACAGGCUCCAAUGGAGGAAACAUCUGUAGAUUUCUGGCAGAUGAUCUGGGAACAGGAAGUGGAUGUCAUAGCCAUGUUAACAGAUCUAGCUGAGCAGGGAAAACAGAAGUGCCACACUUACUGGCCUCAAGAGAUUGGACCAGACCAUAAGAUUACAUUUGGACAGUUUGAGGUGACCCUGCUGUUUUGUAAUGAUUCCCUGUGUUACAUCACCGAUAGAAUCUCUGUAGUACACCUGCCCACUAAGAAAGAGAAACAGGUGUGGCACCUUCAGUACACAGACUGGCCAGACCACGGAUGUCCUGAGGACAUGUAUGGGUUCUUAGGCUUUCUGGAUGAGGUAGACUCUGUACAAAGACUUGCCGAGAGUGAGGAGGGAAGUGGAAAAAAGUCCCCCAUUGUCGUCCAUUGUAGUGCGGGGGUGGGGAGGACGGGGGUGGUGAUUCUUACCCAGGUCAUGAAGUGGUGUCUGGAACACAACUUUGAUAUAGAUCUUCCAAAGGCUCUGGGUGCUAUCAGACAACAGCGAAUGUUCAUGGUUCAGACUUUAGGGCAGUACAACUUUAUCCACAAGACUCUGAUCCAAUAUCUGAAGAAUUCCAGACUCAUCUAAGAGUGUGUAUCCAAGAACCUGUUCAAACUUUGCUAGUCCAACAAAAUAUCGAGAUUAGGAUAUGUUACCAUGGUUACAGAUGAUGUUAAAAAGCACAAAACAUUUCCAUAGUUUCAGGAUUCCCAGAGAGGAAUGAUAAGUGAGAGGAAAACUUCCUAAAAAGAAUGUGUUUUGGUUCAUGUUUGAGUUCUUCAAGGAUAAUAAUGUACAAAAUGUUUCUCUCACUGCAACACGUACGUAAUUAUUGUGAUUCUCAGCGCUUGUAGCUCUGAGACUAUAUACAUAUGGGUUGUCAACAUAUACCAUUAUAAAAUAUAUUUUUUAUAUGAGGAGUAUUAGUGGAAGGGGAACAUUAUAAAUAAGUAUUCAACAUGUUCAACGAUAGAAUUUGUUUUAAAUGGUGAAACUUUUU